UUUAAUCUCAGCGGACGGUGGCCGAAAAAGGACAAUGGUUUCCAUGUCAGCGGAUAAACGCGCUCCCCUCGCUCCUGGACGAGAGGGAAGACGUAGGAGUGAGGAGUGUGUGCUGAGGAGCCAGGAAGCUACUUACGGAGCCGGUGACCGACAGAGCAAGAGCUAUGCCGCGCCGGGGCUUAGUGGCUGGGCCAGAUUUUGAGCAUUUCCAGCGUCGCUAUUUCACGCCAGCGGAGGUGGCCCAACAUAACCAGCCCGAAGACCUCUGGGUGUCUUACCUGGGAUUCGUGUACGACCUGACGCCACUGGCACAGGAAUACAAGGGGAACCUGCUGCUGAAACCUAUCGUGGAAGUCGCGGGCCAGGACAUCAGCCACUGGUUUGAUCCGAGGACCAAAGACAUCCGCAAGCACAUAGAUCCGCUGACUGGCUGCCUGAGGUACCGCACCCCGCGGGGCCGCUUUCUGCACGUUCCGCCUCAGCUGCCGCGUUCGGACUGGGCCAGCGAUUUCGGGAAGCCCUGGUGGCAGGAGUCGUAUUAUGAGGUGGGGCGGCUGUCUGCCAAGACCCGGAACAUCCGCAUCAUUAACACGCUCACGUCGCAGGAGCACACAUUGGAGGUGGGGGUUCUGGAGUCAAUGUGGGAAAUACUACACCGCUAUCUCCCCUAUAACGCACAUGCUGCCAGCUACACGUGGAAAUUUGAAGGGAAGAACCUGAACAUGGAUUAUACCCUGGAAGAAAAUGGGAUCCGGGAUGAGGAGGAAGAAUUUGACUAUCUCAAUAUGGAUGGUACACUCCACACACCUGCAAUACUACUCUACUUCAAUGAUGACCUCACAGAGUUUUAGGAAAGGAGAUGUAUGCUUAUGUAGACUCAAGCAUAUUUUGAGUUUGGCUUUUUCUGUGCUUUGAGGAAAAGAGGUGGGGCUGGGGAGUGCCUGGACCUAGACCUCUAUUCCCCUCUGGGAACUGGCCUGUGGUUCCAAUGCCCUUCUGAAUUAUAAAGGUCUUAUUCCCCCACCCUCAUUACAACUUACUCUGAGAAAAUUAGGGAGAAUGCUAGAAGUGAAUUAACUAAUCUUUAGGAAUGAUACAAGAAGAUCAAGUAUCUUAGAUUAGGGAGAUGUAGAAGAGGAUAGUCAGAAUUCAGACAGAACUAUUAGUGAGAGAAAGAGAAGUCCUACAGAGAUGAGGGAUGGAAGAACUUUUUUGGCA